AUGUCUAAGCCAACUUCUCCGCGCCGCGCGCCUCAAAUCCCCCCAACUCAAAACAUACUCCUCUUCCUCGUCGCCUUCCGUCUCCUCAAUGCGUUUGCAGUUCGGACCUUUUUCCAGCCAGAUGAAUACUUCCAGUCAUUAGAGCCAGCCUGGCAGAUCGCGUUCGGUCAGAGCCAAGGCGCCUGGGUGACAUGGGAAUGGCGGCACCAACUCCGAUCCUCACUACAUCCUCUCUUCUUUGCCGCUAUCUAUAAAGCCGCUGACUUCCUCGCCUCCGCCCUCAGCGUAUCUCCCGCCACACGCGCAGAGCUCCUGAUUGCCGCUCCAAAGACAGCGCAGGCCGUUGUGGCGGCAAUCGGUGAUUUCUACACAUGGAAGCUCGCAGCUCGCGUCUAUGGAAAUGAUUCCCGUGGAUCAUGGACAACGUUGGCCGCAACCGUCCUAAAUCCCUGGCAAUGGUUCUGCUCAACUAGGACGCUGUCAAACUGCCUUGAGACAACAAUAACCAUUGUCGCGUUGGAACUAUGGCCAUGGCAAUGGUCGGUAGGCUCUACAGCCGGCGAGGGCCGCGACAAAAACACUGGCAAUCAAAUGAGGGGCACGGACCGGGAUCGAAGUGUGAUUCUUAGGUAUUACUGGACCUCCAACUUUAUGACAACAGCCACUGACGCUGCUCGCAGCCUCCACAAAUGCCUGCCGCUGGCGGCGCUCGCAUGUAUACUGCGUCCGACCAACAUUAUCAUUUGGGCAACACUGGCUGGCCUCGCUUGGCUUCGGACCUCUUGGCCCCAGCGCAAAGUCCUCAUUUUCGAGGUUAUAGUUUGCGGAUCGGCAAUACUCGCGGUGUCUUCCGUUGCGGACCGUCUUUUCUAUGGAAUUUGGACCUUCCCACCGCUUAGGUUCCUAUACUUCAACAUCGCGCAGUCACUGGCUGUCUUCUAUGGCAGCAAUGACUGGCAUUACUAUGUCUCGCAGGGUUAUCCGCUUCUACUCACCACUAUGUUGCCUGCUGCUCUUUUUGGUUUAUACAGAACCUUAACGACUAGGAAUUCCACGGUGGGAAACAGUUUGCAGGCGGCAAUCCGAGCGCAGUUGGCGACAGUCUGCCUUGUGAUGCCAUUCGUCCUCUCUUUGAUCUCUCAUAAGGAAGUGCGUUUCCUCUAUCCAUUGCUGCCAUGCCUGCACAUCUUAGCUGCGCCGCCUUUAGUGCAGUUCUUUUACCCAGCCAUCUAUUCGCAGGCAUACCUGCGUCAUACUCCCCGCAGGUUGAUUCUCAUCUUUCUCGUGCUUGUCAACGUGGCCAUUGCACUGUACACAUCUCGCUAUCAUGCAUCAGGAACAUUGGAGGUUAUCUCCUAUCUCCGUCAGCAGCACCAAGCACACUCGGCGCCAACAACAAAAAAAAAAACAGAAUCCACCUCCGAAACCGGAAUCUCUGCUGGCUUUUUGAUGCCCUGUCACAGCACACCCUGGCGCUCUCAUCUCGUCUACCCGACCAUUAAGGCUUGGGCCCUUUCUUGCGAGCCACCCAUCGAUCUCAAUGCAACCCAGAAAGCCGUUUAUCGAGACGAAGCAGACCAAUUCUACGACGACCCAUCCCAAUUCCUACGCCAAAACAUGGCUGGCGGCCUCCGUCACCUCCCUCGCCGACCCAGCUACAUCUCUUCCGCAUACUAUUCUGUAUCAGGCAAAACCCUGAACGCGGCCCCACAGCAUGAAUGGCCCGACUACCUCAUUUUCUUCGCCCAGCUUGAGCCAACCCUCUACACCCUGCUACGCGGCUCCCAUUACGGCGAGUGCUAUCGCACCUUCAACACCCACUGGCACGACGACUGGCGCCGUCGUGGCGACAUCGUAGUCUGGUGCCUGGACACGGCAGAGCAGGACGCCUGGCGCUCCGAGACCCAACGCCAAGUGCAGCAAAGCCGAGAUAAACAGUUUGAUCGUAUCGUGGAAGCAUUCAAGAACGAAGGGCGCAAGCAAAAAAAGCAGGGAUGGAUGGGCUUUCACGUUUCUUCGAUUCCUUGGUCCGCAUCGCCUCCUUCAUUGUUUGCGUCAUGGCGACAUUCAGUGCAGUCUCUUUUCUCUUCAAAAUCAUCAAUCUAUUGGCCUUGGCGUCCCCCCACUCGUUGGGAGGCCUUUGUAGCGAAGUUGUCAUUCUGGAAGCGGAAGCCAGGUUGGCUUCCUUUCUGGAUAUCGGAUUGGCUUCCCGGGUUGCCGCCUUGGUUGGGCGGAGCUAAAAGGAGGCCUACAGAAGCAGAGUUGUGGUCCUGA